AUGGCACCGGAUGCUGAGAAUUACACUUUCUUGUGUCCUCCCAGCAAGGAAGAACAGGAACAGGAACCGGUUUAUCGCGCACCCUCCAAUUACAAUCCUCGUCUCACUUUCCACCUACCUGCCGGCACAGGACGGCACUAUCAGCAGCAAUAUGGCGACAUGUACUUUUUGCGACUCGCGAAGUUGAAGCCCACCGUGGAACAAGUCGCGACGGAUGCGUGGGAUGGCCUUACUAUCGCUGGAGAGAAGGUGCGACGUGUCGAUCGAGUUCUCGAUGUCCGACAAGGCGAGCUGUGCUGGGUGGCCGGCACCGUAUACAUGCAUUUACCAAUGAAGCCGAAUAUUUUGGAGGAUCUCAGCAGAGAGAACUUCACCUCUGCGCCCCCUCCUCUCCGCACCUACACCGACCCUUCGGACCCCUCUUUGACCCGAAUUAUGCUGGAAGAUGAGUCCGGCCGCUUACGGCUCACUGGGAACUUCUUGCAGUCUACACAGCUGGCGACAGGCGCCAUUAUUGCAGCUUUGGGGACUGAGAAUGCGAACGGAGAUUUCGAGGUUAUUGAUAUCAAGCUGCCAGACUUGGCUCCGCAGCUUCGACGGUGGAAUGGCAAUGCUCCAGAAAAUGGAGUCCAAGCGGCUGGAAAGGAACACGGCAAAAUCGCCUUCGUCAGUGGCCUGGAAAUCACAGGAACAUCAAGCGACACCCUUGCUUUGGAGCUAUUGACAGAUUAUCUUCUGGGCUACACAGGAUUCUCGGGAAACGACGACAACAGUCCUUCCUUGGGUUCCUCUAAAAUAUCCCGCUUGGUCAUCGCAGGUAAUUCACUUGGAGCCAGCGUAAUUGGAGAUGUCGCGUCAACAAACUCUGGCGACGCUGCGGCGAAGAAAGCCCAGCCGAAAAAGUAUGGCUAUGACGCCUCUGCAUACAAUGCCGCACCUAUCACACGACUCGAUAACUUCCUAGCGGAGAUCUUGCCCAGCAUUCCAGUCACACUCAUGCCGGGCGAAAAAGAUCCCGCGAACUUCUCCCUCCCUCAGCAGGGGAUCCAUCGUACUAUGUUCCCUCAAGCAAGGGCAUAUUCUGCCCCUCCUGUCAGGGGAGAUGAAAAGCCCGAAGCAGGCUGGUUCGACAGUGUCACGAACCCCUGGGACGGCGACGUGGAAGGCUGGCGACUAUGGGGAUGCAGCGGUCAGAAUGUCGACGAUGUUCUGCGGUAUAUCAGUAUUGAGGGCGGCAAUAGCAGCCCAGACAAGGAGACAGAUUCUGAUGCUCGGAUGCGAAUCAUGGAAGCCAUGCUUCGCUGGCGCUGCGGCGUUCCCACUGCGCCGGACACAAUUUGGUCAUAUCCAUAUCAAUCAGAUGAUCCAUAUGUUAUCGAGUCCUGUCCGCAUAUCUUUUUCGUUGGCAAUCAGCCACAGUUCAAGACUGCCACGAUUGAGGGUGAUGUCCCUCUCCGCCUAGAUGGCGACACUGAAAUGACGGGUACCGCUGAUGACUCUGAUGCAGCCCGUGUUCGGCUGCUGGCACUUCCCAAGUUCAACGAAACUGGGGAGUUAAUUCUGGUUGAUACCGAGACGCUAGAGGUCGAGGUGGUCCGGUUUGGAGUUUUCAAGGGUCAAGAAGAACAAAAAUGA